AUGCCGGUGGCCAUCAAGCGGUCAAAGAGACACGAAACAGAGGCGAGUUCGAAGUUUUCACCCUGUCAUUGGCGAUUUGAGCGUGAGGUGAAAUCGUGGGCAAAUUUAAUCCACCCGAACAUCUUGCCUUUGUGCGGAUACCGGAAGGAAAAACCCGACGCGGCGCCCGAGCUGGUUUCACCGUAUGUUCCCGAAGGCACGCUGAAGGACUGCUACAUGACGCAUAAUCUAAGUACCGAAACCAAGAGAAAUCUGGUGUUCGAUGCUGCACUUGGCCUGGCGUAUCUCCAUGAGCACAACUUGGUCCACCUCGAUAUCAAAGCCUCCAACAUCCUUGUCACUCACGUACAUACGAAGGGGUCCUCAUUCAAACUCCGCGCUCUCCUCUGUGACUUUGGGUACACCAAAGAGUUCCUCGAGAACAACUACAACAGUUCGUCAAUCGGGAGGGGCUCGAUGCCCUGGCAGGCAUGGGAGGUCGUCUCACCCAGCGCAGUUGCGAACAUGUUCAAGGAUUGGGAGAAGAAGCACAAAAGGGAGCAGCUCCACAAAGCCGAUGUUUGGUCAUGGGGUAUGACCGUCCUGGAGGUGUAUUCGGAGAAGCAACCGUAUCACUAUUUGCCGGAAGACGAGAUCGUGGCUCAGCUCUCGAAUGGCAAGAGACCAUCUUACGACGCUGCUCAAGUGAUGAAUAACGGGAUGGAUUCGAGGCUCAUGAGCGUGAUGCAGAGAUCCUGGGAGCUGAAUCCCUUAAAACGGAUAUCGAUGAAGACUGUCCUCGACGAUGGGAGGGCCAAUCCAGCUGCUCGGCCGCCGACCACGAAGUUGCACAAGGACAAGUUUCCGUUCAUCUCGCAUCUGAAGGUGUCGUACAAGAACAGCUACGGAGAACACUAUGAACCAGGAACAACGGUCCAAGUGUCAGGUGCUCCAAGCAACCAGCUUAAAGAUGGUAAAAUUGGACAGAAGAUGCCCGGUUGGGUACUCAAGGCCGGAGAAAGCGGGAUUUUCCCCGUUCAGCACGCGAGGAAAAUCCUAGGUCCGAAAGCAACCGAUCUGCCCCACGGAGUGCUAUACUACAUGCGCGUAUGGAAGGACUACGAUGGCAAGAAAAUGUACACGCGUGACGAGACAUUAUUUCUCCAAUUUGAGGCUGGCGACGUGAUCGCGGUCACCGACGCUCCUGCAAAUCACCCAUGGACAGGCGAGAUCAUCCCCUCCAGCGACUCGGGUGCGCGGCGGUCAGGCUUGUUUUUGGUGGAAGCGGUGGAGGUUGAGUAUCUGGCAAACUGAAC